ACUAGACUCUUUACUGUAUUCGUUGGGUCAGCACUGCAGAGAUUAGCUUGCUACACAGACAGGGAUUCCUAAACCCGAAUCAUGCACAUCGCCAUUACAACUAAAUGGGAGUGGAGCAGAAAUUGUGCAAGAUAUGGAUAGAUUCCGUUGGUCCUAUAAAUAUUGCGCGGUCGUUGCUUCGAUUCAAGUUUCCACAAAGUCCCCCAUUCCAUUAUAAUGCUUCUCGAGGAGUCGGCUCUUUGGAACCAUCGUGGUGUGCUGAUUUCCUCACGUGUGUUUUCUGUUAAAAGUGGCGAGGCUGGGAUAAACACACGAACAUUUGCAAACAAGAGGCAUUAGCGCGGGUACAUUUGUUUCGUUUUUUUGACUUGCUGUGAUUUCUGAAGUCGAGGAGGAAGGUGUAACGUUAGGUAGUUGUAGUUGUGAUCCAGCAACAAAAAACAAAAAAACAAGCUGAAACAUGGGGAACGCAGGGAGUAUGGACCAGCAAACUGAUUUCAGGGGACAUAACAUGCCUCUGAAGCUGCCUAUGCCGCAGCCAGGCGAAUUGGAGGAGAGAUUCGCAAUCGUUUUGAACUCUAUGAACCUUCCUCCAGACAAAGCGCGACUAUUGCGGCAGUACGACAACGAGAAGAAGUGGGAACUUAUCUGUGAUCAGGAACGAUUCCAAGUGAAGAACCCCCCCCACACAUACAUCCAGAAGCUGAGGGGCUUUCUGGACCCGGCCGCCACCAGGAAGAAAUUCAGACGGAGGGUGCAGGAGUCCACCCAGGUCCUGAGAGAACUGGAAAUUUCGUUAAGGACCAAUCACAUAGGGUGGGUGAGAGAGUUCUUAAACGAAGAAAACAAAGGCCUGGACGUACUGGUGGAGUAUCUGUCUUUUGCGCAGUACGCUGUCACGUUUGAUGGCGACAGCGUGGAGAACAACCCGGAGAAGUCGGUGGACAAGCCCUGGAGCAGAUCCAUAGAGGACCUGCAUGGGGGGAGUAACCUCCCGUCCCCCGUCAGCGGGAACAGCAUUACCCGCGCCGGGCGACACGCCACGCUACGUUACCUCCUGACACAGGCUGACAAGUCAAGGACACCGAGCUCUUUGAAAUGCCCAAAGUAUUCGCAAGGACGAUGUUGCAACGCGUUGCCGAGCCGGAGAACUCUGAAGAACUCCCGGCUGGUCUGUAAGAAGGACGACGUUCACGUCUGCAUCAUGUGCCUGCGAGCCAUCAUGAACUACCAGUACGGCUUCAACAUGGUGAUGUCCCACCCGCACGCUGUGAAUGAAAUUGCACUAAGUCUGAACAAUAAGAAUCCCAGAACCAAAGCUCUGGUGUUGGAGCUGCUGGCCGCCGUGUGUCUCGUGAGGGGGGGACACGAAAUCAUUCUCUCUGCGUUCGACAACUUCAAGGAGGUGUGUGCUGAGACGCAGCGGUUCGAGAGGCUGAUGGAACACUUCAAGGACAUGGACAACAACAUCGACUUUAUGGUGGCGUGUAUGCAGUUCAUCAACAUCGUGGUCCACUCGGUAGAGGACAUGAACUUCCGGGUUCACCUGCAGUACGACUUCACCAAGCUCUGUCUGGACACCUACCUGGAUAAGCUGAAGCAUACGGAGAGUGACAAGCUGUCGGUGCAGAUCCAGGCCUACCUAGACAACGUGUUUGACGUGGGCACCCUGCUGGAGGACGCCGAGACCAAGAACGCCGCGCUGGAGCGCGUGGAGGAGCUGGAGGAGAACAUGUCACAUAUGACGGAGAAGCUGCAGGACACGGAGAACGAGGCCAUGUCCAAGAUCGUGGAGCUGGAGAAACAGCUGAUGACGCGCAACAAGGAGCUCGACUCGAUCCGGGAGGUGUACAAGGACGCCAACUCGCAGGUGCACACGCUGCGGCGGAUGGUGAAGGAGAAGGACGAGGCCAUCCAGAGGCAGUGCAACCUGGAGAAGAAGAUCCACGAGCUGGAGAAGCAGGGCACCAUGACGAUCCAGAAGAAGGGCGACGGGGACAUCUCCAACCUGCCCUCGCCGCCCGCCCCCGGGGGCCCGCUGGUGGCUGGCGUGCCAGGGGUCUAUAACGGGGGCACGGUCAGCCCGAUGGGGUCGAAUGGGGUCCCGGGGAUGCCCCCUCCUCCUCCCCCACCGCUUGUGCCUGGGACGGUGCCAAAUGGGCCUUUGGCUGGUCCCGCCGCUCCCCCUCCCCCGCCGCCCCCUCCUCCUCCGCCUCCCCGCCCCAUGGAGGUGUCUGCUCCCCUGCCCCCGCCUCCACCCCCAUGGCCCCCGCUCCCGGGCUGUGGAUCCCCCACCGUCAUCUUCAACUCAGGGUUAGCAGCCGUGAAGAUUAAAAAGCCCAUCAAGACCAAGUUCCGUUUGCCCGUGUUCAACUGGGUGGCGCUGAAGCCCAACCAAAUCAACGGCACUGUGUUCAACGAGAUCGACGACGAGAGGAUACUGGAGGACCUGAACGUGGAUGAGUUUGAGGAGAUGUUCAAGACGAAAGCCCAGGGCCCGGCCAUCGAUUUGAUCAUGAGCAAGACCAAGGUCAUCCAGAAGGGGCCCAACAAGGUGGCACUGCUGGACGCCAACCGGGCCAAGAACAUGGCCAUCACCCUGAGGAAAGUGGGAAAGGCCCCUGAGGAGAUCUGCAAGGCCAUCCAGCUGUUUGACCUGCGCACCCUGUCGGUGGACUAUGUGGAGUGUCUGAUGCGCUUCCUGCCCACGGAGAGCGAGGUGAAGAUCAUGCGUCAGUACGAGAAGGAGAGGAAGCCCGUGGAGGCGCUGACGGACGAGGACCGCUUCAUGAUGCACUUCAGCAAGAUCGAGCGACUCAUGCAGAAGAUGACCAUCAUGGCCUUCAUUGGCAACUUCUGCGAGAGCGUACAGAUGCUGACGCCGCAACUCCAUGCGGUCAUCGCAGCAUCUGUGUCAAUAAAGUCCUCGCAGAAACUCAAGAAAAUUCUCGAGAUCAUCUUGGCGCUCGGAAACUACAUGAACAGCAGCAAACGGGGAGCAGUAUACGGUUUCAAGCUGCAGAGUUUAGAUUUGCUACUGGACACCAAGUCGACAGACCGGAAAAUGACUCUGCUGCACUACAUAGCCAAUGUGGUGAAGGAGAAGUACCAGCAGGUCAAUCUGUUCUACAACGAACUGCAUUACGUGGAGAAGGCCGCAGCAGUGUCGUUAGAGAACGUUCUGCUGGAUGUGAAGGAGCUCCAGCGGGGAAUGGACCUGACCAAGAGAGAGUAUAGCAUGCACGGUCACAACACCAUGCUCAAAGACUUCAUCACACACAACGAGGGCAAGCUGAAAAAGCUGCAGGACGAAGCCAAGAUCGCGCUGGACGCCUUCGACGAGGCCGUCAAAUUCUUCGGCGAGAAUUCCAAAACGACGCCCCCGUCCGUGUUCUUCCCGGUGUUUGUGCGCUUCGUCAAGGCCUACAGGCAAGCGGAGGAGGACAACGAGCAAAGGAAGAGAGCAGAGCUGAUGAUGAUGGAGAAGCUUCUGGAGCAGGAGGCCAUGCUGGACCAGGAGGACCAGAAGUCUCCGUCCCAUAAGAACACCCGGGGCAGGAGUCAGCAGCAGGAGGUGAUAGCUGAGCUGAGGAAGAAGCAGGUGAAGGAUACGGGCAGCCGCCACGUCUACGAGGGAAAGGACGGAGCCAUCGAGGACAUCAUCACGGAUCUUCGAAAUCAGCCUUACAGGAGAGCCGACGCGGUGAGGAGGAGCGUCAGAAGGCGCUUUGACGACCAAAACUUGCGGCCGGUCAACAACACUGAAGUUGUCAUGUGAUGAGGGAACAGUGCAUGGGGGGGGGGGGGUGUAACAGCCUCUCACUCUGGACUGAAAGAGAAAUGGAUGGACUGAAAGAGAAAUAGAAGGACUGAAGGAAAGAGAGAUGGAUGGGUCAGAAAGGUCAGUCAUAGGGAACCUUAGACAAGCCAAGUGCCUGAAACGUACUUUUUAUGUGAUCAGUUUUAUUUUUUCAUUACUUCAAGCAAUGCAACUUGACCUGGCUUUAACUGUAAUUUCCUUUGAUGUGUAAAACUGGACUCAAACGUCUGUAGGGAGAAUUCCUGGAAGAGAUUUUUCCCGAAAGAAGUGUAGAAUGUACAUGUGACACGGUUCCCGUUAUGCCUCGAUCACACCUCCCAGCGUCAUUGCGUCAUGGUACACCAGAAGCACAUGCAUUUCCAAUGGAGGCGCUGCGUUUGCCUUUGCCGCGUGGCAUUGGCAGUUGCAGUACGCUCCAGUGUCGGUGCGUACGUCGGACAAACCAAACGACGCAUCACAUUCUAUGCGUGGACGGCUUGACAGAAACGGUAGCAGAAAGGUGAAUGUGGAACUUCUGUUGCGCACAUAUCCAGAUGAGGCCGCGUGCCAUUUUGCGCAUGACACUGCAGGUGUGUUCGAGGCGUCAAAGUAUUCCGCCACAGGUGAUGAAUAUGAUAUUCAAUAGAAAAUAUCUUAUUACAUUCCUGGUGCUACUGCCAUUGCUCUUGGAAUUCCAACAAUGUGCUCGAGUGGCACUUUAAAAAACGCAUUAGCUUUUCCAUCGUUGCUAAAGGGCUAAUGGCCUUAUUAAAGGGGACAAGUCUUACAUGAAAUACUAUGAAGCAGUGAUCCAAAACUAAUAUGCUCAAUGAAAGUACUUAAGCAAGUAUCAGGUAGACUUCUGUACACCAACGUGUGACCACAGUUAGAGAAAUCGUAUCGGAAAUAAUAUAACUCAGAGAGGUGUGGCUCUCUCGAAAUGAGACCAGGCUAAUGUGAAUUGUGUAUAGCUAGGCCUCUAUAUUACGGUAUUAACAUCUCAUUCAUCGGUGUUAACAUGGUUAGUGGACCAAGUCGUGAAUUAUUAGAGAGAACUACAGUACCAGUCAAAGGUUUGGACACACCUACUCAAUCAAGAGUUUUUCUGUAUUUAUUGACUAUUUUCUACAUUGUAGAAUAAUAGUGAAGGUAACAAAACUAUGAAAUAAUACAUAUGGAAUCAUGUAGUAUCCCCAAAAAGUGUUAAAACAGAUGAAAAUAGAUUCUUCAAAGUAGACACCCUUUGCCUUGAUGACAGCUUUGCACACUCUUGGCAUUCUCUUCAGCUUUACCUUGAAUGCUUUUCCAACAGUCUUGAAGGAGUUCCCACAUAUGCUGAGCACUUGUUGGCUGCUUUUCCUUCACUCUGUGGUCCAACUCAUCCCAAACCAUCUCAAUUGGGUUGAGGUCGGGUGAUUGUGGAGGCCAGGUCAUCUGAUGCAGCACUCCAUCACUUUCCUUGGUCAAAUAGCCCUUACACAGCCUGGAGGUGUGUUUUGGGUCAUUGUCCUGUUGAAAACCAAUUGAUAGUCCCACUAAGCGCAAACGAGAUGGGAAUGGUGAAUCGCUGCAGAACGCUAUGGAAGCCAUGCUGGUUAAGUGUGCCUUGAAUUCUAAAUAAAUCACAGUGUCACCAGAAAAGCAUCCCCAAACCAUCACACCUCCAUGCUUCACGAUGGGAACCACAUGCUGAGAUCAUCCGUUCACUUACUCUGCAUCUCACAAAGACACAGCGGUUGGAACCAAAAUUCCAAAAUGUUGACUUAUCAGUCCAAAGGAUAGAUUUCCACCGGUCUAAUGUCCUUUGCUUGUGUUUCUUGGCCCAAGCAAGUCUCCUUCUGCAGCAAUUUGACCAUGGAGACCUGAUUCACACAGUCUCCUCUGAACAGUUGAUGUUGAGAUGUGUGUGUUACUUGAACUCCGUGAAGUAUUUAUUUGGGCUGCAAUUUUUGAGGCUGGUAACUCUAAUGAACUUAUCCUCUGCAGCAGAGGUAACUCUGGUUCUUCCUUUCCUGUGGCGGUCCUCAUGAGAUCCAGUUUCAUCAUAGCACCUUCCUGUCUCAUCAUAGCACCUUCCUGUCUUAAAGUAAUGGUGGACUGUUGUUUUUCUUUGCUUAUUUUAACUGUUCUUGCCAUAAUAUGGACUUGGUCUUUUACCAAAUAGGGCUAUCUUCUGUAUACCACCCCUACCUUGUCACAGCACAGCUGAUUGGCUGAAACACAUUAAGAUGGAAAGAAAUUCAACAAAUUAACAAGGUACACCUGUUAAUUGAAAUGCAUUCCAGGUGACUACCUCAUGAAGCUGGUUGAGAGAAUGCCAAGAGUGUGCAAAGCUGUCAUCAAGGCAAAGGGUGGCUACUUUGAAGAAUCUCAAAUAUAAAAUAUAUUUUGAUUUAUUUAACACUUUUUUGGUUACAACAUGAUUGUGUUAUUCAUAGUUUUAAUGUCUUCACUAUUAUUCCACAAUGUAGAAAAUAGUAAAACUAAAGAAAAAAAUCCUUGAAUAAGUAGUUGUGUCCAAACUUUUGACUUACUGUACAUUGUCUGCUCAUGUAGACCUCAAGUGCUAUUCAAAUGCAAUGCUGUUAAGUGGAUGGUGGGGCUCUUGAGCCACAAUAGCUCUGGUUCAGGGAGUCGUCCGGUCGAAGGACCACGAGAGCACACCCGAACGACUCCCCGGACCAGAGCCACAAUUGACUCAGAGCGAAUAGGAAAGGUGCUAAAACAAAGACUUAUCAGCAGAUACACUUCCAGUCAAGUGUAGUGGCUACAAGGAAGGUACUUUAGGCUACUUGAGGAGCUUGUCAUGGAAACUGGAUUCCAAGUUUCUUUUUUUACUCUGAAAACCUGCAAUCGGCUAAUGAAUCUCUAGGUAACUGUCCACUCACUAUUAUUGUACAUUUAAUGUAUAGUAUUUAACCACUGUAAACGGUAUCCAUUCAGUUUUGCUCACGUGACCCACUUUGACGUGAGCAACAGUCAUUUUUUUUAAAGUGUUUAGCUAGUUAAUUAUAUUAAAAAAAUGUCAGAACAAACAAAAAGUACACAACAACAAAAAAGUUUUGUAAAUGUACAGAUAUUUUGCUACAAAAAUUGUUACAUUGUUUUUUACUUCUUAAUCCACUCAUUACUAUAAAGGUAACUAUUGUACAUAUUGUUUAAAACAAAAUGUGCAUCACCCUGUGAUACACAAUUUGAAUGUUAUUUUAACUUAUAGGUUUGUCCAUUUUGUAUAUUUAAUUAAGCCGGGGGGAAAAACAAAUCUGGGUUCACUUUAACACAACGGAUCUAUUGUGUGAAGCAGAAUGCCCUGGUGUCACACUUGCCUGAGUAAAGAGGCAUUAUAUUAAUGUAUGUUCCAAAUGGCACUCUAUUCCCUAUCUAGGUUACUAUUUUUGACCCUAUGGGCCUUGGUAAAAAAAAAUAUCAAAAGUAGUGCCCUAUAUAGGGAGUCAUUUGGGCCAUAACCCAUUGACGUUCAGAGAAGCUUUCUGUGGUCUUGGGACCAUAAUUGUCCACGUUAGCAUGUGCAACAAACCACUCAUCUCUAUACUUCCUAUGUGAACUGUUGACCACUCAUCAGCUUCACUCAUUAGACUGGAUAAUAGUGGCAUGUUUUUGUUUUUUCUUCAGAAAUGUAUUUUAGGCAUUGUGUGCUUAUUACAAAAUACUUUUAAAUAACAUUUAGUUAAAGAUAGACCGAGUUCUGGACAUGAUCAAAUAAACUAUUUACACUAUUA